AGCCUACUGUCAUGUGAUUGGACCAAGAUGGCUUUCUCCACGCUGUUUCGCCUGCUGCUGAGCGCUGCGCUCCUCCAAUGGCCCUCUCCGGCCUCAGCCUCUCCAGUGACCGAGCCGCCGCAAGAGCCGCUGCCACUGGUCAUCUGGCACGGGAUGGGAGACAGCUGCUGUAACCCCUUGAGCAUGGGGGCCGUUAAAAAAAUGGUUGAGCACAAAAUACCAGGAAUUUAUGUUUUGUCGCUGGAGAUUGGGAAGACUCUGAUUGAGGAUAUGGAGAACAGCUUCUUCUUGAACGUGAAUCACCAGGUGACUGUAGUGUGUGAGAUGCUCGCCAAGAACCCCGAGCUGCAGCAAGGCUACAACGCCAUGGGAUUCUCCCAGGGUGGCCAGUUCCUGAGGGCAGUGGCCCAGAGAUGUCCGUCACCUCCCAUGAUCAAUCUGAUUUCCGUGGGUGGACAACAUCAAGGUGUUUAUGGGCUUCCUCGAUGCCCAGGGGAGAGCUCUCAUAUUUGUGACUGGCUCAGGAAAACACUGAAUUUGGGUGCCUACAGCAAGGGUGUUCAGAAACGCUUGGUACAAGCAGAGUACUGGCACGACCCCAUAAAGGAGGAUCUCUACCGCAACAAUAGCAUCUUCCUGGCUGACAUCAACCAGGAAAGGGGCAUUAAUGAGACCUAUAGGAAGAAUCUGAUGGCCCUGAAGAAGUUUGUGAUGGUUAAGUUCCUCAAUGACUCUGUUGUCGACCCAGUGGACUCAGAGUGGUUUGGAUUCUACCGAAGCGGCCAAGCCAAGGAGACCAUCCCUUUACAGGACACUUCCCUGUACACUCAGGACCGCUUGGGGCUUAAGGAAAUGGACAAAGCAGGCAAACUAGUCUUCCUGGCUGUAGAGGGGGACCACCUUCAAUUCUCUGAGGAAUGGUUUUACACAAAUCUCCUUCCAUUCUUGGUGUGAAAUUCUUGCUUCAUUGAGGUUACUAAGUGCAACAAGAACUAUAGGCACUCCAGCAUUUCCACGGCAACUUGGGGGGAGGGGAGGGGUGGGGGUGUGCGUGGGGUCGAUCAGGACUGUACUCUGCCCUUAGAUGCAACUAACACUUCACUCCUUUCCUCAUCUGACACUGUCUGAGGAGACAGAAGAUCCUCAUCUUAUCUGCUCACUCCUCAGGCCUAAUCCCACUGCCAUAUGGUAGGGAGUCCAAGUUUCAUUAGCUAAUGAGUAUAAGGAUUGUUUUACAUGUCCUUGACUGUGGUCAAACCCAGUUCUAGGUUAUAGACCACUCUGUAGAAAAACCAGGAACAAAACAGUAACUGCUAGAACAUGCCCUCCCCUCAAAAAUGUGAAUUGCAGGGAGCCAACCUGAACUAUAACUACUAUUUCCACUUGGAAAUAACUUUCCUCUGGCUAAAUGUUACACCAAGAAUAUAACGAAAUGAGGUGAUUAAGCAAUCAGAAUUGUCUGGAUUUUCAAUUUUGCCAGUAGAGUCUCGACCAAGGAAGUAAGCAGCCUUAACUGGUGUAGUGUGGCCUUUGGGAGCUCUCAGAGAACUUGACUGGAAUGCCUAUGUGGUGGUCCCUGGUGAAGUAAAACACACAGUGUUUUACUCCCCGUGGGAGGAUGCCAAAGAAAACAAGCCUUCUGGCACAAAAGGUUCCUGUGGCCUGGGCACAAGAGCAAAGCGGGGGAGGAGACAAUAGGGUCUUCCUCCCUGGAAGAUUGGACUGUUUCCAAAUUGGUCCAGCUUUCCUAGCACGCUCAGAGUGACUGCUAAAGCCUCUCUUCUCACAGUGCAAUAAAAGGAUUCUCUCCCUUUGGCACCCGUGUAUCACACCCUGAAGGUGAAACGAGCAUGGCAAAGCCUGCAGCGUCUUGUCUCAUACCCACCCCUAGAUUCCUGUUCAGUGUUUAAUUACCUUUUCUGAAAAAUAAAAAUAUUGGUUUCUUACUUGG